GAAAUCUUGAAACAUUUCUUCAAACUUAUUCUCUCAUAUUGCUAACAAUUAAGAAAUGGUUUUAGUCUUUGACUGAAUAAACAAAAUGUUCGAGCUGUCAGACGAUGAUGACGAGUUUUGGGAGGAUUUACCAUUAUUAGAUGUUACAAAGAAAAUAGAAUCCAAGAGUGAAGUAGACAUUGCAUCAAAAAGACAGUGUUUAGAAAAGGAAAACAUUCAGAGUGAGAAUGAUUGCAUCAAUGGAGGUGUUAAAAAACAAGUAAGGACUCAGUCUGGUGCUCUGCCAACUCCUGUAUUAAGUAAUUUCACUGGCACAAACCUUCAACAGUCUGCUCAUGGAAAUAGAAUUACUUGUGGAUUUUUUACACCAGUCAAAAGUCCUGAUGAGAGAUCAUCAAAUAAUUCAGAUAUAUUGGAGCCAAGAAAACAAGGAGUUGAGGUAAAUGACAGUAUUUCAAGUGAAAUAGUUGAUACUCCUCACCAUGGGCUCAAUACACCAAGGGGCAUAACUCAUGUAGAAUUUAGUACGCAAAAUAUACAAAGGGGCAUAACCCAUGGAGAACCAAGCACACCAAAUAUGCCAAGGAGCGUAACCCAUGGAGAACCAAGCACACCAAAUAUUUCAAGGGGCUUAACUUAUGGAGAACAAAUUACACCAAAUAUACCAAAAAGGAAAACACCUGGAAAUACUUUGAGUCCUGGCACACCUGCUGCUGACAUGAAUGUUCCAGGAAAUGUAAGAGCAUCCAGUGUUCCUCAAGAAAUACCUGGAAGACGCGGCAAGCGAAAAUUUCCAGGACCAGCUGGUCGUUUACCUAAAUUAAAACCAGGAGAAGUCAUGAAUAAAUCUACAGCUGUUUCACCAGAAUCAGAAAACAAAGGCACCACGGAUGUAAUAAUGUGCUCUCAGAUGAAUGAUGAUGUGUUUAAUGAAUCGUCAUGGAAACUUCUAAAACAAGAUUUAGGACCAGACGCUGAAAUUAUUUUAGAUCAAUUCUCAGUGUCUUCUAGCUUAACAAUGGCGAGUAAGAAGACCUUACCCCAGGGUAAAAUACCACUAUUAUUUGUGAUUGUGGAGUCCCUAGAUUUACAGGGAGCUGGUGGAAGUGUAGUCCUGAAAGACAAAACAGGAAGAAUCAAAGGAACGUUACAUCGGGAUGUGAUUAAAGAAUAUGGUGCUGAUAUUCAGCCUGGUACUACAUUAGUUCUUAGACAGGUUGUCAAGUUGGCCGUUUAUUCAUUAUUAUUAAUGAUUAUGUAUCCAGCUCCAGUUUCAAUUGCGUUUCCACCUGUCGUGCAGGUUGGUGUAGUGAGCCCAACUAACCGAACUCAUUAUUUGAAUAUUACCCCUACCAAUAUGGUUUACCUGAACAGUAACGCCUCCAACGUCAACAGACAUCUCUUUCAUCAUCAUUCUUUAAAACAUUUCAUGGCAGACUUCAAACGGAAAUGCAAACAGGAGCAGCUAGUACAGAAUGGAAACUUGAUGCUUAGUACUCCUCAAAGAUGUUCUAAUAGAAUGAUUCCAAGUGUGAAUUUAUCAACUCCUGUAAUUUGUCAAAAGACAAGUGAACAUAUGCCAAUGUUCGCAAGUCAUGGUGUAAGAGCUUUAACUCCAAACAGUGGUGCGCGUGUAAUGGGAAUCUCAACUCCAAGACCAUUAUUAAGUUGUUAUCAAAGGGCAACGACUCCAAAUAGUGUCAAUAGCAGCAGACUUAGUGAAAAUUUUGGAGGAAACAUGAUUCAACAACAGACCCUCAAUCAAAGGGCAACAACUCCAAAUAGUGUCAAUAGCAGACUUGGUGAAAGUUUUGGAGGAAACAUGAUUCAACGACAGACCCUCAAUCAAAGGGCAACGACUCCAAAUAGUGUCAAUAGCAGACUUGCGGCUCCAAUAAAAAGUACUCCUGUAGGAAACAUAACUCCUAGGUCGACGUUGAAUGUCAACCAAAUAGCAACAACUCCUAACUUUAAUUUCAAUCAAAGGAACACAACUACAGACCAUUGUCUUUCAGGCAGUUAUACUAAGGAAAUUCUUCCUCCUGAUUUUCACAAUUUGGGAUUGAGGCAGCCUUCAAAUAUCAGUCAACAAUUGAAAGGAAACUUGAUGCAUGAAACUUGUGAGAAUUCAAAGUUUACCGAUAUUAGAAAUUCAAGCCAUGGAUACAUAAACAAAACGAAUUCUAUAAAACCAAUCACGACAGAGCAAAGUUCAUCCAGUAGGAUAGUGCCAACUUUUGGCAAGAAGAAAACAAAUCAAGAUGUCCAACUAGCUUCAAAAGUGACUCCAUCUUUUCCAUGCAGUGUUCAAAAUAAGGAAAAUUUCAGUGUCAGUAAAAUUUCAUCAAAUAUAGGGAAUAAUCCUGUUGUGACUCCAAAGACGUCUAAAUUUAGUUUUAAAUCUAAAACCCCCUCUGUGUCACCUGGUGUAAAAACUCCAGUACUGCCAUGCCAAGUUCCUUGGUGCCAGAAAACAACUUCAUCUAAUAAGACUGAUCCUGUAGACUGUGAUAGUCUGUGGCAAGAUGAUGAUAUCAGUGAUGAGAUGUUGACCCAUCUAACAGAAGAUAUGCCUUGAUUAAUAUACCACUUCUAUUGAAAGUUAUAUAUCUUUAUAUUUCAACUGGGCCUGAAAACUUGCUGUAGGCAUGCUAAAAACUUGUGCUGCCAAUGCCUUAAAACCUGUUUUUGAUAUCUAUGUUAUUUUUCUUAUGUUCAGUCAGGAGCAUAUCUAUACUUGAGGCAGAGGGGCAUAAAUUAGAGGUGACUCACUUAGAUGGGAUCUGAGGGCUGCCAGAGAUGCCAAGAAGCCAACAAUUUUGAUUUUGGGGGAGGGGGGGAAGGCAUGGCCCAAUCCACCACUGUGUCAAGUUGUACUGUAUUGUUAUUAUGUGCCAUCAACUUGUUAUUGUUUCUAUAGAUAUAUGGUGCUUGUUAUUUACUUUGAUUUGUAAAUAAAAACAUAUAGAUGUU